UUGUUUUUAACUUCCGGGUUAUGUCAAUGUGAGCUGGGGUCGAAAGACAUAGAGCCAAACAGUGACAGUGAACUGCCUUGUGGUUUACACGCUUGUUGUCCUCUCCCAUGCUUUGACCGCUGACACUGUGGUCGACAUGUCAUCCACCACUUCGGGUAAUUCGGAGGAGCAGCAGCGCGGAGGAGCGCAGAUGCCUGUGGGUAUGGACUACGUCCUCACAGCCGAGGAGAAGCGGGUGUUCGAAGAGUGCGACCACGAGAGCUUUUGGCACAGGUCGGUGCCCUUCUCCGUGGUCAGCAUGGCUGUCACUCAAGCCCUAGUUACCAAAGGGAUCCUGUCUUCGUCGCCAAGGCUUGGAUCACUCCCAAAGUUGGCCUUUGCAGGCUUUUGUGGCCUCAUGGCUGGGAAGAUUUCGUACAUGAAGACAUGCCUGGAGAAGUUCAAGAGGUUGGAGAACUCCCCUCUGGGAGAUGAGAUCAGACAGAGGACAGGACUGCCUCUACACAUGUCCAAGGGUCCCCAGUCAGAGAUGAGCGACCCAAACACACAGUCAUUUGACCCCGGGUUCCACCCAACAGAAGCCCCCAGCCAGUUGCCUAACAACACAAGAGACUACGAAUAUGGCUUCAGUCCAGAGCCUCCGAUGCAAACGGGCAGAGCAGAUGACUUCAGCGCCCCAGCGCCAGUCCAGUCAUAUGUGGACGAGGAGGAGCCCAGGAGGAAGCCAAUCCUCUAUGAGGACCUGAGGCUCAAAAACCGAGAGAACUACGAGGUGGCGCUCACCCAGAAGGCAGAGACACUGAUGAAAUCAACACCUGAGAAGCAGCGAGAAAGACCCAAGAUUGAGGCAAAGAAAAACAUCUAUGGAGACACUUGGGACGAAUGAGUUUCUAGACAGUGUGUCAUUGUGAGUGAGUCAAAUUAAACCAAACUGCUUGAAGAGUAAAA